AUGAAGCUGCUGUCAUUACUCGUGUCCCUAGCCGUUGCCGUCUCAGGAGCCGCUGCGGAGCCGGCCGCGAAGCCGGAGAUCGCCAAGGGCGACUUCAAGCCAACCGAGGAGAAGCCUUUUGAUCUGAGAGUCGAGUACCUCAUCAAAGACAAACAAACGUCGCCCACCGAGCUCAUCGACGUGGAAAACGGCGAAACCAUCACGAUCGACUACCAGUUCUACAACGGAGAGGAGGAUGAGUGCACAAUCCUGGGUGUGGGAGGCAAGUUGAUCUCGCCCGUCACCGGAGACACGCUGUACAACAUCACCGCAACCAACAUCGGGCCAUUGUCGGUGAGUAGCCAGGACGUUGUGUCUUUCUCGCAGAAAAUCGGCAUCGACCUGAACCCGGACUCGUACCUAGUUGUUCCGUCGAUCUAUGUUGUGUUCAAGGAGCAAAUCAUGAUGCUAGGCUCGAGAAACCAGCUCAUCCAGGUCGACGACCCUAAGAUCUCCAUUUUCAACCCCAAGUUGCUAGUUUUGGAGGUCAUCCUUGCCGCCUCGGUCGGUGGCAUAGUGUACUUCCUGUACACGCUCUUCGGCGCCAGCUACUUCGGCACCGUCAAGAAGGACGCCAGAAAACAGAAACUGCCGGCUGCCAAACCGUCCAAGACGGCUCCUGCCAAGGUCGACGAGUCGUGGCUGCCUGAGACCCAUCUCAAGACCAAGCGCAGAACCACCAGAAAGAACUAG